AUGGUGAAAUAUGAAAUACCAAGGCCAAACAUAGGGAUCCACAGGUUUGUGUUUCUUCUGUUCAAGCAGAAAGGCAGGCAGACAGUGAUCCCUCCUCCUUCAAAAGACCACUUCAACACACGAAAAUUUGCAGAAGCAAACGACCUCGGCCUUCCUGUGGCUGCUGUCUUUUUCAAUGCCCAAAGGGAAACUGCUGCAAGAAGACGCUAA